AUGCCAUCACAAAGAAAAACAACGGCCCUAAGUCCCCAGCAAGCCUUAAGUGGUCAAGGGGUGCCAAGAAUCCCUGGGAAGUAUGCAAUAGCAGAGGGAUGUUGCAGAAAAAUUCAGAAUGGCCCCUCUAUGGUACUUAGACUAGGAACGCUCAAUGUUGGAUCACUGACUGGCCGCAGCAUGGAAAUCGCAGAAAUGCUCGAACGUAGAAGAAUUGACAUCUGCUGCCUUCAGGAGACUCGAUGGAAAUCGAUUGGUGUCUGUAAUUCAACUCGGACAAAGAAAAAUAUAAACUAUUCUGGAAACUUCAAAAGACGGCCAAAAAAUAAUGUUGGAAUUUUUGUCAGAAAACCGCUAGCCCAAGAAGUAUUAAGAGGAUUAACUCACGUCUCAUGUGAAUCAAGCUUCGCCUAG